AUGGCUGUUUAUAAAGUCUACGUGGCCACCGGCAACAUGAUCCUGGCAGGCACCUACAGCAGCGUCUCCAUCACCCUGGUGGGGGAACGAGCAGAAAGCGCCAAGCAGCGCCUGGAUAAGCUCGGGAGGGAUUUUGCGCCCGGAGCUGUGGACGAGUACGAAGUGCCGUGUGAACAAGAUCUGGGCCCCAUCUUGCUGGUCCGCCUUCACAAGGAGCCCUACCUGUUUUUCCCCAAAGACAACUGGUUCUGCAACUAUGUCCGGGUGAAGGCACCACACGGGGAGAUGUACCAUUUCCCCUCCUAUCAGUGGCUGGAGGGCUACUGCUCCCUGGUCCUGCGGGAAGGCAAAGCCAAAACAGCUGCUGACGAUGCGGAGAACCCUCUUCUGUUGGAACAUCGCAAGAAAGAGCUGAACGAACGGCAAGAAUGCUACGGUUGGAAGACCUAUGCCCCAGGCUGGCCAAGGUGCCUCAAUGCCAACACCAUCGACGACCUGCAUUCAAACUCUCAAUAUCUGCUCAGCAAAAGCGCCAUCUUUGCCAUGCGCACCUUCAAGUCGGAGCUGGAGCUGAGGCUGAAGGGCUUCUCUGACCUCACGGAGUCCUGGGACAGUCUGAAUGAUCUCCGGAAAAUCUUCUGGUUUCACAAAACUCCGGUCACAGAAUACGUCAUGGAUCACUGGAUGGACGAUGAUUUUUUCGGCUAUCAGUAUCUGAACGGAGUCAACCCCGUCCUGCUCCGGAAAUGCACCAAGAUCCCAGACAAUUUCCCUGUGAUGGAGGAGAUGGUGGCUUCCAGUUUGGGAAAAUCCACCUCCCUCGAGAAAGAACUGAAGAAAGGGAACAUCUUUAUCGCCGACUACAAGAUCUUGGAGGACAUCCCGACAUGCAAAUUGAAUGGGAAGCAGCAGUAUCUGGCAGCCCCACUUUGCCUGUUGUUCCUCAACUCAAAGGGGCAGAUGAUGCCUAUAGCUAUCCAGCUCAGCCAGACCCCUGGCCUGGACAGUCCCAUCUUCCUGCCCACAGACCGUAAAUGGGACUGGACUUUAGCCAAGAUCUGGGUGAGAAUGGCCAACUUUCACGUCCAUGAGGUCAACACCCACCUUCUUGAAGCCCAUUUUCACUGUGAAGUCUACACCAUGGCCACCCUCCGGCAACUACCUACAUGUCAUCCUAUUUACAAGCUCCUGAAACCCCAUACUCGUUAUACCCUCCAUAUUAAUACUCUCGCCCGGACCAAUCUCAUCCAGCCAGGAGGGGUAUUUGAUCAGGCCACGGCCACGGGUCGGGAUGGCAUGCUGAAACUGCUGGCCAAAGGGGUGGAGGCGUCCAAUUACACGUCAUUGUGCCUCCCGGAUGACCUUGAAGAAAGAGGAGUCGCCUCCUUGCCCAACUACUACUUUCGGGAUGAUGGGAUGAAGAUCUGGAGCGCCAUUGAGAAGUUCGUGUCUGGCGUUGUUGAACUCUACUACAAAUCAGAUGAGGACGUGAAAAAAGAUCCUGAGCUACAAGCCUGGGUUCAUGAGAUCUUCACUGAGGCUUUCCUGAGUAGGACAUCCUCAGGUGUCCCAUCCACUUUGGAAAACAAAGCUCAGUUGAUCAAGUUCCUCACUAUGGUCAUCUUCAACUGUUCUGCACGGCAUUCGGCGGUCAACAGUGGGCAGUUUGACUUCGCUGCGUGGAUGCCCAACACACCGGCCACAUUGAGGCAGCCUCCUCCUACAGUCAAGGGCACUGCCUCCUUGAAGAGCAUCUUGGAGACUUUCCCUGAAGUCAACUCCACCUGUGCCCUUCUGUCAUUGCUGUCCAUCGUCAGCUAUGAGCCAGGGGACCUGAGACCGCUGGGCCACUACCCUGAAGAACAUUUUACUGAGGAGAUGCCGAAGAAACUCAUAGCUGCCUUCCGGGAAAGCCUGGCUGUAAUCAUUGAAGAAAUUGAGGAAAGGAACCAGACCUUGCCCAUCAGCUACCUCUAUCUGAACCCUUUGCUGGUCCAGAACAGCGUCUCCAUUUAA